GCAUAAAUACUGACGGCGCGUUGUACUGGCAUGCAUUCAACACGCAACGUCCAAAGUGAACCAACGAUUCAGUUACUUUACGCGGCAAUAUCCCAGUUUUAAUCAGACAAUGGCAACGUACACAAUCGCCGUGGUUCUUGCCCUAAUGGCCACUUUAGUGCAAGCUCAGCGACCGUCCUUCGCCGGCACAAGAUCCAUUGGAUUUCCACAAAUAGAAGCCGAUACUCAACUACUAUCAAACAGAUUUGGAGAAGAUGAACCGGUACCUAUAGAAGCUAAAGGGGACAGGGUAUUGAUAAAUACUAUAGAAAAAAUGCCGGUGGAGAGCCGACCUUUUUGGUACAUCAACGCUGUGCAGUACGACUCGCUCAGAAACAAACCUCAGACCUGGCCACUGAAGAGGAACAGCUUCGUUGACAAAUAAAAAACAAAUUUCGAAAAUCGAACGU